UCCGCGGCGGCUUGGCCGGUAGGUCCGGGGCCAGGCUCCCAGCUCCGUCGCCCGCCUCCGCCGGCGCCAUGGCGGUCCCCGGCUCCCUGGCCGAGUGCGGCUACAUCCGGACUGUCCUGGGCCAGCAGAUCCUGGGCCAGCUGGACAGCUCCAGCCUAGCGCUGCCCUCCGACGCCAAGCUGAAGCUGGUAGGCAGCAGCGGCCGCAGUGAGCAGGCGGCCCGGAGCCUGCGGAUCCGGGAGCAGGUGCAGCAGACCCUGGCGCGGAAGGGCCGGGGCUCCGUGGUCAGCGGCAGUCUCCACCGAACCAGCAGUGUUCCAGAGUGUGUCUACAACCUGCACUUGGUGGAGAACGACUUUGCACCAGUGCGUUCCCCUGUCCCUAGAACCAGCGACAUGCUGAAGGCUGGCACUAUGGCCACUUAUGGAGGUGGUGGCUGGGGGCGAGGCACAGCCCAGUUCAGCUCCCAGAGGUCCGUGGAGGACCGGUCCCUGAGGCAGCCCCUGCGGAGGCUGGAGGUAUCCCCGGACAGCAGCCCUGAGCGCUAUGCUUACUCACACAGUGAGUUCCAGUACAGCCGAGGUCGGGCACCCGUGCUUCGCCACCAAGACAGCAGGCGUUCUACCCUGCUAACACCCCGCUAUGCACGCUCUGAUAUCGUGGGAUUCAGCCAGUCGGGAGCCACCAACCGACAGCGCCACUACCAUUACGAAACGUACCACAGGCAGCCCUACUACGGCUCGGUCAGUGAUGCUGUCUUUGAUGGCAUUCCCAUGCACAGGCCUGGCACCAGCCACAGCAUGGGCAACCUCUUGGAGAAGGAAAACUACCUGAGUGCAGUGCCCAUGGCUGGGCAGGGCAGGCCAUUGGGGUCCCUGCAACCUGGCACACAAACCAGGGCCACCAGGUCCUCCUGGCAUCAGAGCUCCUUCCAUAGCAGCCAUGCACUAAGAGAGGCUGGGCCCAGCAUGGCUGGGGACCUGGGGGCCAGGCGUGUGCCCUUGACCGUGGGCCAGGUGGCAGCCACAGGUAGCGGGAGCGUGCACGUGGAGAGGAGCACUUUCACGGACUCCCAGCUCGGGAAUGCUGACAUGGAGAUGACACUAGAGCGGGCAGUGAGCAUGCUCGAUGCCGACCACAUGCCCCUCGCCAGGAUUUCUGCUGCUGCCACCUUCAUACAGCAUGAAUGCUUCCAGAAAUCUGAAGCUCGGAAAAGGGUCUACCAGCUCCGUGGCAUUCCCAAGCUGCUGCAGCUGCUCAAGGUUCAGAAUGAAGAUGUUCAGCGAGCCGUGUGUGGGGCCUUGAGGAACCUGGUAUUUGAAGAUAAUGACAACAAGGUGGAGGUGGCUGAACUCAAUGGGGUUCCCAGGCUGCUGCAGGUGCUGAAGCAAACCCAGGACUUGGAGACUAAGAAGCAAAUAACAGGUUUGCUGUGGAAUUUGUCCUCCAGUGACAAACUCAAGAAUCUCAUGAUAACAGAAGCCCUGCUCACUCUGACCGAGAAUAUCAUCAUCCCCUUCUCUGGGUGGCCUGAAGGAGAUUAUCCCAAAGCAAAUGGCCUGCUGGAUUUUGAUAUAUUCUACAAUGUCACCGGAUGCUUCAGAAACAUGAGCUCAGCAGGUGCUGAUGGGAGGAAGGUGAUGAGGAGAUGUGACGGACUCAUUGACUCUUUGGUACACUACAUCCGAGGGACCAUCGCUGAUUACCAGCCAGAUGACAAGGCCACAGAGAACUGCGUAUGCAUUCUCCACAACCUCUCCUACCAGCUGGAGGCAGAGCUACCAGAGAAGUAUUCCCAGAGUAUCAUCAUUCAGAACCGGAACAUCCAGACCGACAACAACAAAAGUAUUGGGUGUUUUGGCAACCGCAGCAGGAAAGUGAGAGAGCAAUGCCAGGAUGUGCCAAUGCCUGAGGAAAAGAGCAACCCAAAGGGUGUGGAGUGGCUGUGGCACUCGAUUGUCAUUCGGAUGUAUCUGUCCCUCAUCGCCAAGAGUGCCCGAAACUACACACAGGAAGCAUCAUUGGGAGCCCUCCAGAAUCUCACCGCGGGAAGUGGCUCUAUGCCAGUCUCGGUAGCUCAGACCGUCGUCCAGAAGGAAAAUGGCCUUCAGCACUCCAGGAAGAUGCUGCACAUUGGGGAUCCCAGUGUGAGGAAGACCGCAGUGUCACUGCUGAGGAAUCUGUCUCGGAAUCUUUCUCUGCAGAAUGACAUUGCCAAAGAAACGCUCCCUGACCUGGUUUCCAUCAUUCCUGACACAGUUCCGAGUACCGAUCUUCUCAUCGAAACUACAGCCUCUGCCUGUUACACAUUGAACAAUAUAGUCCAAAACAGUUACCAGAAUGCUCGAGACCUCCUAAACACUGGAGGUCUGCAGAAAAUUAUGGCCAUUAGCUCAAGCGAUGCCCACACCCCCAACAAGGCCAGCAAAGCUGCUUCUGUCCUCCUCUACGGCCUGUGGGCACACACGGACCUCCACAGCGCCUACAAGAAGGCUCAGUUUAAGAAGACAGACUUUGUCAACAGCCGGACAGCCAAAGCCUACCACUCCCUUAAAGACUGAG